AUGGAUCUAGUCAACAAUCCUACGUGCAUGUCUUUAAUGUCGUCGUUAGCUAACGAUUUUUUAGAAAAAUGGAAAAAGAAGGAAAACGAUUUUAAACUGCAAAGCUACGAGAAAUUUUUAAGACUGAAUAGUUCCAGCUUAUCAGAAGGUGAUGAAGAGGGCAUCAAACGUGUAAUUGAUUUGAUGCGAUGUUCCGAAGAUAAGGAACAAGAAAUACUUCGGACGUUUUGCGAAGAAAUAGAUUUGGAUUUGGCUUUGAGAGUUCAAAAUUUUUAUCUGGACGAAGCUGAUGACAAAUACGAUGGAACUGGAAGACAAACAUCUUAUUUCUACAUGUUCGUACAUGGAACAUUUAUGAAAGGUGCAAUAGAGUACUUCGACAGGUUCUCAGAUCAUCUGACCUAUCCUCCAUUCAGAAAAUACAUUCUUCCAUACUACGAGGGCAAAUUCCUUCACAGUGAAUCCUGA